UCUCUCACUGUGCUCCCCCUUCGCUCCAUAAAGUAUAUAUAAUCAGUCGCAAAGUGGAGUUUUAUUCUGAGGAAGGUUUUCUAUUCUGAGGAAGGGUGGGUGUUACUUAACAAACCCUUGCACUCCCAGUACUGAACCAGAGAAACCUACCCCAGAAAAACAAGAAACAAAAGAAAACAAGAAGAAGAUGAUGGAGACCAUGGCGAUCUAUAAACAUAAACAACUGAAGUCCCUAUUUGGAAAACCUAAGAAUCCCCAUUCAUGGAUUCCAAGUUUCAAAACCAGAGGAAUUCUGCUAAAAUCGUGGCUGAAGAUGAAGCAGUUAGGGUACCAGCUGGUCCUAGAAGAAAAGGGGCCACUGUCCUCGAGCCAUGGCUGGUUAUCACAGUUUCUGGUCGAUCUUACCUCGAAGAAGCAGGAAAGCAUUCGAUCAAGAGACGAACUGGUUUACAUGCUCGCGAUCUUCGAGUUCUUGAUCCUGUUCUCUCCUAUCCUGCAAGGAUUUUAGGGAGAGAAAGAGCGAUCGUGAUCAAUCUUGAGCAUAUUAAAGCCAUUAUAACAGCAGUUGAGGUUCUGAUUUUGAAUUCGAAGAAUCCUUUGGCUUCUACAUUUGUAGAAGACCUUCAAAAUAGGAUUUCAGAUUCUAGUGGAAUGCCCAGAAAUGGUAGGGACAAUGGUUCUACUGAUACAAAGAACAUGGACAAGUCUAUGUCACAGUCCCCCGAUUCUGCAGUGACAAGCCCAUUAGGCGGAAGGGUGUCUUCAUUAAUGCUGGAUGUAUCAGAAAAAUCAUUUAGUGGUGCUUCUAAGGUGUUACCCUUUGAGUUUGUUGCACUUGAGGUUUGUCUCGAAUCUGCUUGUCGAUGCCUUGAAUCUGAGGCUUCUACAUUGGAGCAAGAAGCAUAUCCUGCUUUGGAUGAGUUGACAUCAACAAUCAGCACUCUAAAUCUUGAGCGUGUUAGACAGAUAAAGAGUCGUCUAGUUGCUAUAUCCGGACGCGUCCAGAAGGUCAGGGACGAACUUGAACAUUUAUUGAAUGAUGAUGCCGAUAUGGCUGAGAUGUAUUUGACAGAUAAGCUUGUUCGACAAUCUAUGGAUGAGAUCUCUUUGAAAGAUGAACUGGAACAAGAUGAAGAUGAACUUUGUUCAAAUGAAGCGAGGGAUGGGGCUUGCUAUAUUAGCCGUAAUGGUAAGGACAUCAGUGGUGGUGAAAGCUCAAGCGGUUUUAAGCUCGACAUAGGAGAUUUGGAGAUGCUUUUAGAAGCAUACUUUGUGCAGAUAGAGGGAACCUUAAACAAAAUCUCAACUUUGAAAGAAUACGUGGACGAUAUGGAAGACUACAUCAAGAUAAUACUGGAUGACAAACAGAACCAACUGCUUCAAAUGGCAGUGAUGCUUAUGACUGCGACAUUGAUAGUCACCGGUGCCAUUGUUGCUGUUGGCAUGCUUAGUAUUAAUAUUCACGUCCCCCUCUUUGAAACUGGGGUGCCACAGUUCUUGCAAGCCACCUUCGGUAUAUUUGGAGCUUGUGUGGUUCUCUAUCUCAUGGCUAUUGGAUGGGGUAAGAACAGAGGCUUAUUGGAAUGAGAACCAAGCCUUUGACUGAUCUUUGGUUAACUGAGCAGCCACUUGAUCUCUGUGUGUGGUUUUUUGAACGAAAAUUCAUUAGAGUUUUUCAAUUUGGCAAGAGUGGGAUUUGAACUUGCAACCAAGUCUACAGAGCGGAAACAUACUACCUCAAACCCACUUUAAGCUUGAUCUAUGUGCGUGUUUGUGUGUAUGAUCUAUCAAUCUGUGUUAUUGUGCUUUGUAUGUUGAGUUCAUGUUCUGUUUAUUAACAGUGUUAUCAGACUCUAUAUAUGGAGUUCAGAUUGUAUUUGUUAGAACGAUAUCGAACUAUAGAAGUAUGUUAAAUUGUAUUUGUCGUACACUUUCUUACAAAU